AUGGAUCCCAGGAGAAGGCUUCGACAGCACAACGGCGAAAUCAAAGGUGGCGCACGUAAGACAGAUAGGUGGAAGCCUUGGAACAUGGUGCUAUGUGUUUGGGGCUUUCCAGGGAAAGUGCUCGCCCUCCAAUUCGAGUACGCUUGGCAGCAUCCAUCGCUUUCUCGACAUGUGAGAGACAAGGUUGCCCACUUAGGCUUUUGCAAACUUGCUGGGCAUGGGAAGCAAUCGCCCGUGCAAGGCGUCGACAAGAACGUGCGAGUGCUCCUGGAAAUGCUGCAAGCAAUUCCGUACAACAGGAUUCCCUUGCGGGUGCACUUUCUUGAAGAAAGUUUGUGGACAGGCUUGGAGAAUUUGUUCGGUGCGGCGUUGCCAAAUCACUUGACACUGACGCAUGGUAGCUUUGACGAUCUGCAAGGGCUGUGCAAGCAACGUUUGACAAUGGUCAUGCCACCGGCGGGGUCUGAGUGUGCAAAAUGCUCAGAGCUGCUGAAGCCUGGCGAUCUUGUCGUCCAUUGCCCCCACUGUGAGUGCUUGAUGCACCUUUCCUGUGCAGCUACAGUUUUCACAGGCACAUCAAAGAAGCUCAUGCCUGACGAUCCAACUGAUUGUCUGAAGUGUUCGGUAAGUAUGGACUGGCUGGUGCUCCUCCGUAACCAACGGGUCUUGCGGUCUCCAGCAGCCGACGAGUGCGAAGAGGAAAACGAGGAAGAGGAAGACGAUGACGGCAACUAUGCUGAGGAUCAUGGUGAUGAUGAUGGUGAUGGUGAUGAUGAUGGUAGUGACGAUGAUGAGGAGAGAGAGCCCAAGGUUAGCAUUGGAUCAUCUGAGGCAGAAGUGACAAAAGUCCUCUUCCGCAGGGGCGACUCAGACAUGCAAGCGUUCGAGCCGAGCUCCAGUCAGAUGGACCGCGUUGAUUCCUCCUUGCCCUCGUUAUCUUCGAGUCCUCCAGGCAAAUCCCAGAAACAAACUCCCGUGGACCGUCGUCGUGGAAAGCGAGCGGCGCUGCCAAGAUGUGACGGCGAUGAGCCCUCCGAAGUCGGAUCUUUUAACGAUCAGAAAACCCAGCGGACUCCGCUCAAGAAGGCAAGGACGCGGACACCUCCAGGCGCUGCAGUCUGCGCAGACGCUGCGGGGAGUUCCUCAGGUACGGCUUCAGCGACCAACUCUCCCAAAGUUGACCGAUGCGAUGCCUAUGCUUCGUCGAAGCUGGCGGGGGCUAGCGCAAGCUUGAGACAGAGGCUGGCACAACGGACUGGAGAUGGGUCGGCAUUCUCAAUUUGA